GCUGCUGCUGCCGCUGCUGCUGCUGCUGCUGCUGCUGCUGCUGCUGCCUGCUUUACCACCCCCUCCAACACCCACCACUGUUGUUCCCGCCCCCACCAACCUUUACUACACCUGCUGCUGCUGCGACGGCUUGCUGACCCCAACCUGAGGAGAGUCGUACAGGCGGUGAGAGUGAGGGCGAGGGGGACCUUGAGGAUGUAGUCUCUCCACCUCUGGAAGAUGCUCCUCCACAGCAGGAGGAUGCUCCGCCACAUCCAGCUCGUCGCCCCAUGAAUGCCUUCCUCAUCUUUUGCAAAAGACAUCGAGCUCAGGUACGGGAGAAAUACCCACACUUGGAAAACCGGCAGGUGACAAAAAUUUUAGGGGAGUGGUGGGCGGACCUUCCAGCUCAUCAGAAGACAUCCUAUACUGAGUUGGCAAGGCAGUACAAAGAGGCCUUCCUGCGUGCCAACCCAGAUUUCAAGUGGUACAAGAUCCCUGCACAGCCCCCACGACCACCUCCUGCAAGACCUUCGAAUCAGAAGGUCCCGAGGUGCAAUCCUCUUCCUACAGAUGGUGCCAUCACAUUUGGAAAGCUUGCUGAUGAAGCUCAGAUGGGUGGUCUAAGUACUCUCCUGUCAACAGCCUCCAACAGCAGUGGGAGCAGCAGUAGUACCAGUAAUACCAACAGUAUUGGUAGUGGGUCAUCUAGCCUCACCACCUUCACCACUGCCUAUGUGUCGGCAGCAAACACCUCGGCAGCUCGCUCAUCUCCUAUUGGUUCCUCGCCAAGUGUGACUUCACUUGGCACAUUUACAAAUGCCAAUUCUACAAGCAUCUCAAUGAGUACAAACACAAUUGCUACCACAAAUUUAUCGUCGUGGAGUGGAACAUUGCAGCGUCUCGGUCCGGGACCCGCCACUGCACAUGAUACCACCAGUACGAAUACCUUCUACAACGGUCCCAAGCCUAACUCUGCAAACACCGCACCAGUCAGCCCCAGGGUGGCUGUUAGUGCAACCCCUCCGCAAGUUGAAAGUGCCACUAGUAUGACUCCUCCCAAACCCCCUAAGAAGAGGUAUCUGCACGAGAACCUGCUGCAAGCUCAGCAGACAUCCACAGUACCUACGCCGGCACACACCCCACCUGACACCGACAAACAAAAGGCGUGUUCGUCUUGGACUGAACACUCUCAGAAAAAUUCCAUAGAUGACAAAAUCAGAUUGUCGUCUCACUGGUCUCAAGGUCCUAGACAGCGGGUUGAGUCUGGGUCUCUUACAGAUGUUGGGGCCCUGGAGGAGCAACAUAGAAGAGUAACCAAUGGCUGUAUCAGCACUAGUUCCCCUCAUAGUAUUUCUAGUGUGUCUUCUGCUGAGCCAGGUCACCACUUUGAGGUCUCUCACAGUCCUCUGCACGGGACAAAUGGCCCCUUGUACGGUCACAGUACACCACCAGGCCAGCCUCACACUCCUCCGCCAGAUGACCAGCCACUUAACCUAUCAACAGAGACAACAUUGUUUGCCUCGCAGCAACAGUUGAUUAAUAACAUUGUAGAUAAAAUGUGUAGUGCGCCAAACUUAAAUAGUGGAAGUGGUGAUAAUCGUUUGGACGUUCCUCGUUUCUUCCGACCGGAAAACUUGAAUAAUAAUAAUAAUGAAAUAGAAAAGCCUGCCUUCCACAAGGCUAUUGAUGCCCGGAUAAAUGGCAUGUGUGAUGUGAGUUUACUAGUUUCAAAAACUAUUGAUUUUGUGAUUGAUAGAGCGUAUGAUGAAGAAAAGGAAAAAAGAGAAAAAUUACUAAGAGAAGAUGGCAAAGGACCAGUCAUGGAGACUAAAAAUAACAGUUCCGGUAAUGGCCCGUCACCAGGCGAACUAACAGCAACUGAGGAAGUGCAAUCGGACCCGGCGAAGACUGAAGCCAAGGAAAGUGUGAGCUCUAGCAGUAACAACAUCAGUAAUAGUAACACAAAUGGUAUUUCCAAUCCAAAUAUGCGACCAAGAAAGAGACCUAAGGAAGAUAGCACAGAGGAAACUGAUGCCACUCAAAAAAAGAGACGUGACAUUUCAAGUGGACGCAACAGUCGGGCAAAUUCUAGAAAUGGGGUAGGGGUAGCAGGAGGUCGGUCACGGGCACCUCGAGCCUGUAAGGGGAAGAUCUAUGAAGAACUAAUAUCAGAAGGUGUCCUGCCAGCUCCACGGAGAUCACGAACACGAAAUAGCCGAUGGGAAGAAGUAGAGUCGAGCACAGUCCAGGAACAGGAAAAUGGAGAACAGCAAGAGCAGAGGCAAAAACAGCAGCAAGAGGAGGAGAAUGAGGAGGAGCACACGGAAGAGGAUGAUGCCGUACACCCCAAACCUCCCGAAGAAGAAAAUGGGGAUUCAGGAGUUCGGAGACAAGAGGAUGUAGGAAGGAAGGGUCGACGACAACUGCGCCGGCUUCACCCAGAUGACUUUAAUUUAGAGGCCAGGAUUGAGGCCCUGCCAUCUCUGAGUUUGGACGAGUUCACUCGUCGCAAGAAAGAGCGGAAACGUACAUCUUCAGCAUCUUCAUCUACUCAUGUUACUAGCCACUCCAAUUCAAACUCCUUUCAAACACCAACUGCUGCACAGCCCACAGUAGGUGUAGUGAGCAGCAGCAGUCGUGUUUCAGCACAGGCAGACUCCACCUCCGACUCCUCAAUACCUACAUCAGCCACCUCAACAUCUGCUACUGCUACAACAAGUGGAACUGCUACAACAGGGGGAGUGAGUAGUAGCAGUAACAGUGGAAGUGCUGGAGGCAAUGUGUCAGAUGGAGAGCCUGCUGCUUCCCCAACGCCUUCUUCCUCAUCAUCUUCAUCUAUCAACACCCAACAACACAGUCCUCAGGGUCCUAUUCUUGUUAGUGGAGGAUCUGUAUCCCCAGGAGAAGGACUGGUUGCAAGCUCUGAUGGUGGUCCUCUUAUUGGUUCACAGAAAAGGAAAGCUCGUAAACAGACUAUAACAAGACACGAUCCUGUUCAUGGUCCUCUCCGUAGAGAUACAAGCGUGGUUGAGCAGAGUGUGUUGACCAGCAUGGGUUUGGCUGCCCUGGCAGAAGUGGCACUCAGUCAGCCAAUCAUGAAACUCUGAACAGAAUUAGGUGGCAAAAAAAAAAAACAGAAAAAAGUUUAAAGUAUGCUAAAGGUACGUAUUGUUAGUAUAUUGAAGUAUACUGGCACAAGUUAAGUCACUUCUUUUAGUCGUUAUUUAUACGUACAUAUUUGCAAUAGUCAUUGCAACCCGAUAUUCCCCUCCCCAAAAAAUCAUUUACAGACUGCUAAAAAUGUUAAAACAUGUCUUUUUUCAAUCUACAAAUAAUUACAUAAUUAUACAUCCUGUGUUGAACAUUAGAUUUUCAAAAUAUCUAGUUGAAUGCAUAUUUUCAAACCAAAAUUGUACUGUAUCACUAAAUCCUGAAAUGUAAUUAUUUUUCUUUAAUUCUUAUUGGAGAAAAUCAUCUUUAACACGAUCUGUGACUAAACUUACUGUUGGCUGUGGAGAAGCAAAUAGCGUACUGCAGUUGACAGACAUGAGAGUUUAUGCUGCCUUAUUGGCUGUUAAAUUUGUCAAUAUCUAUGACCUGUUGAGCUAACGUGCUUUAUUAAUUUUGACAUUUGUGUAUGCAUAACGAGAGUACCUCGACUCCUGUGACAGCUACAGGAUUAAAAUGUUACGAGAAUUAUAUAUAUAAUAUAUAAUUUAAGCAGUAUUUAGACGGAAAGUGAUUAUUGUGCUCAAGAUGCAGGGUGAGUUGAACAAUGUGUGUGAUGGUGUCUGUGAUUUGUAAUACAGUAUCUUUUUAAUACUUGGUCUUUCUAUAGUGAGAUUAUCUUCUUACAUGACCAAAUUCUUAAGCCCUUUUAGUUAAGAAAAUUACAAAUUAUUGUAGAAAUUAGUACAAUUGAUAGCUUUUUUUUAUUCAUCAAGCAACGAUUUUAAUAUCAGUGAGUUGGAAAAACAAGUGCUUCAGUGUUGUCAGAUCUUUCACCGUGAACUAAGUCAUGAAUCUCUUUCGAAAGUGCUUGGGUAAUUAAUCCACAAAAUUUAUUUUAACGUAAUAAACUGGCUGGCGAGAGAAAUGAGAGUUCUGCAUAAUACCUCAGAGGCAGGUUUGGUUUGAAGCUUACAACCCUAUUUUGACAAAUACACAAGCCUUUUUAUAGAUUUUGAACCAUUUUCAGGUUUAUGAUUAAGGGAACAUUACGUACUAUGUAAAGAUCUAAAUAUAAUUUUGGUAAUUAGUAUGUCGAUAAACCAUACUAGAAGACAUUUGAUGUCAACUUAAGAUCUCCCUAUCUCCUCAACUACUGCCUUUUUCCUUGAAAUUGUUAGUCCACAUGGCCCGUGGCCACCGAGUAUCAUAGUCAGGUGCCAGUGUAAAUUAAUUGUGCACUACACCUCAGAGGUAGCCUGUGUAUUCAGAGAUUAUUUGAUUUCUUGUCUCAAACAAUUUUUUGGGUUACAGCCUGUUAGAUACGUUGUUUACCAUAUCUAUUUGUUUUAAAGCGAUUAUAUUAUUUUUAGCACAUGUUCAGAACAUUAUCAUUUCUUUAGUUUGCCAACAUUAGGUGUUCUAUUGUGGAUAGUCAGUGUGAUAAAUAUAUUAAUAUAAUGUUGAUUUAAAUGUGGGACAAUUUCCACCACCAAUUACUGUAGUGAUGAGUCAGCUUAUUGUAACAGGUAGAUACACACACAACACACAUUAAGUGUCACCAACUGUUGAGGAUAAAAAGUAAUACAAAGCCCGUACCUGAUUCUUGGGGAAAAUGUUUUAUCUGUUGAGACCUUUUAGUUAUGAUGUUUCAGGUGCAAAAAUUGUUGAUUUUUACAUCAUAAUGUAGAAGAAAAAUGAGGGCUUCAGUGCAAUGUUUACCCACUGAUUAAGCCUCUUAUUUUAGUGUUCAUAGCCUUUACUAAUAUGUACAUCCACUUUCACUUAAGUGCACUUGCCAGAAAGUAAGACCUAAUAAAAGUGGCUCGAACUGACAUUUCUCCACUAAAAAAAAUAUUUUAUAAAAUUUCAGUUUGAACAAGUUCAUAAUGUUAUUAGGACUAACUUUUUAAUAAGAAGCACCUUUGAUAAUGGUUGUGCAAGGAGUAAAAUUUACCUUACUUAGUUUGUUGUAGUCUGUUAUUGAUAUUUGUGACACAAUGAGCGAUUUAGAACCUGCUCAGGUACUUCAAUAAGGUCUAGAUUGCUUAUGUUGUGAACAUUAAAGCAAGCCUUACAGAUAGCCUGGAUCUUUGGAUCAAAGUCGCUGAUCUCGUCACGUAUAAUUCAUUAGAGUAACUCAUUUGGGAAAGACAAGCGUGCAUUUAUAUGUAUAAUAUUGUAAUAUAAAGAAGAGUAAAAAAAAUUCCCUAUAUAUGCAGAUAUAUAUGAAUGAUAAUGUUAAUAAAUCUAUUUAUUCUAAACUAUAA